CAUCGACGUCAUCUGUUUCACAGCAGACUCCAGGAAGUGAGGAGUCGCUUGUUGUUAUUGUCCGAUUGAAAGUUAGCUAGUUACCACAUAUUUUUUGUUACUUUUCGUGGGCCGAAAAUGGCGACUUUUAUUUCUGUCCCGUUAAAGAAGUCGUCUGAAGUAGAUCUAGUUAAACAACUCUCGAAAUUCGUCACGGCGACAUACCCAGCGGGCGAGGAGCAAGCAGAGUACAUACGAUCCGUGGAGGAGUUGAACAAGCUGCGCAAGAGUGCUCUGGGGAGGCCGCUCGACAAACACGAAAGCUCUCUGGAAAUCCUCCUGAGGUACUAUGACCAGCUGUGUGCUGUGGAGCCCAAGUUCCCCUUCUCUGAAAACCAGCUGUGUCUAACCUUCACAUGGAAAGAUGCCUUUGAUAAGGGCUCACUGUUCGGGGGCUCAGUAAAACUAGCCCUGGCCAGUCUGGGAUAUGAGAAGACCUGUGUGUUGUUCAAUGGAGCUGCGUUGGCCAGUCAGAUCGCUUCAGAACAGAACCUGGACAGCGACGAAGGACUGAAGGCCGCAGCCAAAUACUACCAGUUGGCGAGUGGAGCAUUUGGUCACAUUAAGGACACAGUGCUGUCGGCUCUGAACAGAGAGCCUACUAUGGACAUGUCUCCUGAGACUGUAGGAACCCUCAGUCUCAUCAUGCUGGCUCAGGCACAGGAGGUCUUCUUCCUCAAGGCUACGUCAGAUAAGAUGAAGGAUGCCAUCAUCGCUAAACUGGCCAAUCAGACAGCAGAUUUCUACGGUGACGCCUUCAAGCAGUGCCAGUACAAAGAGAACCUGCCCAAGUAUAUUUAUUUCCAGGAGGUGUUGCCGGUGCUGGCAGCUAAACACUGCAUCAUGCAGGCCUACGCUGAGCUGCACCAGUCUCUCCUCGCCAAGCAGAAGAAACGCUUUGGAGAGGAGAUCGCUCGCCUGCAGCAUGCUACAGAGCUGGUGAAGACGGUAGCGUCUCGCUAUGAUGAGUACGUCAGUGUGAAGGACUUGAGUGAUAAGAUCAGCCGUGCUCUGACCGCCGCUAAGAAGGACAACGACUUCAUCUACCACGACCGCGUCCCUGAGGUGAAAGAUCUGGAACACAUCGGCAAGGCAGCGCUGGUGAAGGCUACCGCCAUCACGCCUCCGCUUAGCGCCAAGUUCACUGACUUGUUUGAGAAUAUGGUGCCCAUGGCGGUGCAGCAGAGUAUGAGCACGUACAGCCUAAGGAAGGCUGAGACCAUCCACAGACUGGUGGGAACCUUGAGGGAAGCUACCAACCUCUGCAACGGUGUCCUGGCAUCUCUGAACCUGCCUGCGGCUCUGGAGGACCUGUCUGGAGAUUCUAUCCCACAAUCCAUUAUGGAGAAGGCCCGCGCCAUCGUCCAGCAGGGGGGGCUGCAGAGCAUAGAGCAACUGAUCCGAGACCUGCCCGAACUACUGACACGCAACAGAGAGAUCCUGGACGAGUCUCUGAAGAUGCUGGGUGAUGAGGAGUCGACAGACAGCGAGCUGAGAUCCAAGUUCAGCCAACGCUGGAACAGAACUCCCUCUGGAGACCUCUAUAAACCACUCAGAGCAGAGGGUGGUAACUUCCGCAGUGUGCUGGACAAGGCAGUGCAGGCUGACCAGGUGGUCAAGGAGCGUUAUAAUGCACACUGUGAGAUGAUCGCUCUGCUCUGUAAACCUGAGGCUGAACUCACCGCUGCCAUACCAUCAGCCAAUCCUGCGAAGACACUGCAGGGCAGCGAGGUGGUGAGUGUGUUGCGUUCCCAGCUGGCCCAGCUAUUGGCGGUGAAGGGGGAGAGGGAUGGGCUGGAGGCGGAGAUUAAGGGCGUGACCUUUGACAUGUCCUCCAGCUUCCUGACGGCUCUGGCUCAGGACGGGGCCAUCAAUGAGGAGGCGCUGUCAAUGAGCCAGCUGGACCAAUCAUACGGCAGCUACAACCAGAGGGUUCAGGCCAGCCUCCGCUCUCAGGAAGAGCUGCUGGGCAAAGUGCAGGAGUCCCACCAGGAGUUCUCCAAGCUGAAGCAGUCCAACUCGGAGGCUAAUGAUCGUGAGGAGGUGUUGAAGAAGCUGGCCUCGGCCCACGACAGCUACGUAGAGAUCACCAGCAACCUCCGAGAGGGCACCAAGUUCUACAAUGACCUCACAGAGAUCCUGCUGAAGUUCCAGAACAAGUGCAGUGACAUCGUCUUCGCCCGCAAGACAGAACGGGACGAACUGCUCAAGGACUUACAGCAGAGCAUCGCCAGGGAGCCCAGCGCCCCGUCCUUCUCUGUCCCCGCCUACCAGACCAACCCUGCUCCCACUGCCGCCGAACCAAGCCCUGCUCCCAGGACUGUCUUUCAGCCCCAGCGGCCCCCUCCCCCUGCCUUCACCCCCCAGGCCACCUCCGCACCCGGCAACCCUCCCGACAACCAGCCUCAACCAGGAAACCCCUCACCCAUGGCCCCUCCCCCACAGGCCCAGGGACCGCCUUACCCCACCUACCAGGGAUACCCAGGGUAUGCCUACCAGAUGCCUGUGGGUUAUAACCCGUAUGCAGCGUACGGCCAGUACAACAUGCCCCCCACUAUGCAGCCCAACAUGCAGCCCUACGUCCCAUAUCAGCAGGCCCCAGCACCCGGACAGGGGGGCUACACCGGGCCCCCCCCCACACAGCAGCACCCCUACGCCUACCAACAACAGCCCCAGCAACCGCCACAUCAACCACAUUACCCACAACAAUAACUGUCAAUUCUAUCAGUCCCUUAUAUAUCUUCCCCCUUUCCAUCCCUUCAUCCCUCUCCUUUGACUGACAGCAGAAAUCAUGCUACUACCCUCUGCAAUAAAUUCUCGCUCUCUCCCUCCUUCCUUCCUUCCUUCCUUCCUUCCUCUACCCUUACUCUCUCCCAUCACCCUUGUUUAAUUCGUUUUUCAUAUCAUUUUUCUAAUUAUUGUGUUGAUUCUUUAUUUAAUUCCUAACUUCUCGUCCUGGUCUAACUGGCUUCCUGGUAUGGCUUCCUGGUAUGGGCGGGGCCGCUGUAGAACACUAAAAAACUAAACAAAAACACUAUGUUUUAUUGUCACAUACACCGGACAUGUGCAGGGAAUGUGCUGUUUUACAGG